AUGAGCGACAUUGACGAAGACGAGUUGAAGGAACGAUGUGUUGCUGUUGAAUCGCUUCGUAACCGGUGCCAGACCAUUCUACAAGAUUCCGAAGACCUCCAGCGGAAGCAUGGCUUUGAAGGGCUUUACCGAUACACCAAUUCGUUACAUGCCGAGGUUGGAUUCCUUGACAAGCUACUGGGGCAGCCGACUUUGAUCAAGGAGGAGUAUAUCCAAAGCUCCAAUAUGAGCUACCUGGAUGCAGUACACGACGCCAUGAGUGAAUUACGCAGUAUUGAAGAGCUUAUGACAUUGAAGAGUGUUCCGCCACCAGAUCAGAAGGAAUGGAUGCCACGUGCUGAAUUGAUGCGCAACAAAACCGUCAAGGUGGAUUUGGUAGCUGAGAGUGGUCUUGUAUGGAUCAAGGUCAUUGCACGCAACGCCAAAGGCUUACGUUUUGAUAUGGCUGGACUCGAAUUUGACGACGAUGACAUGUAUGAAGAGGAGGAGGAGGAUGACGACGAAGAAGAACUUGAAGAAGCCAUGGGCAGCUUACAUGUUGGCAGCGAAGGAUUCGAUCAACUACCCAUCUUCAAAAAGGCCCAAGACUACCUUGCGAGUGCAAAGGCGCAUCAAAUCCAUUUCCGUACGCCUAUUGUGAUAUUUGCCUUUAUGCGAUUACAGGAGAAUGACGAGUUUGUUGGGCGUAUUCUUGAUCAUUUACGUUCGUUGGGGAUUGUGGUCUAUACAGCGGGUGGUGAAAGCAACUUGCAGGCAGCAUGUCAAGUGGCACUUGGUGAACCCGUACCUGUGGAAUCAUUGACAACCUCCAAACUCAACCUGGAUGUGAGCACAGUGUUGGCUGUGCUAUCGGAGAUGGCACAUGCGCCUUGUCAACCUGAUCAAGUGGAAGGUGAAGCUUUACAAAUCCAAGCCAGGCGUGAAAUGACAUCCCCUGAAUUGCCAGUACUCAAAAACUUGUUGGUCGACAAGGAGCUAUAUAUGGUGCAAAGUGCUUUCAAUCGACUUGAGAGUAUUGUCAACGUGGUGGGUGGUCCUCGGGAACAAGCCCGAUUCCAUUAUUUAUUCCGGGAUCAACUUUCUAUCGAUCAAGAGUACGACCCUGAGCUAUGGACACAGCUACCGCCUCUUUCGGUUCAUGUGGUACCUGACAACACUUCCGAUCGUUUCAAACAACUACUCGAACCACCCUCUCGUAAAGGAAAACUCAAUAAUGGCCGUAAAAUCAGAUCCCGGUUUUCCGAAUUUCAUGCCAUCAUUUUUGGUUCCGGCGAUGCAUACCGUAUGACAACUAUCACAGCUAUUCAAUGGAUGGAUACAGCGCUUGACGAUGCAGGCCUCACUGGUACAGCUAUCAUUGCUCAUGAACCACGAUCACUUGCAGAACAGAAAAUGAAAAGACCAUCACCAUCAUCAUCAUCAUCAUGA